GCUGCAGUCCGUACCACUACAGUGUCUGAAAAUAGGUGAGCCGCAUACAGGACGACUGCAAAUUGUUAUAGAGUAAAGUUUUGGUUUCUACUUUUGAAAACUACCGAAAAAAAGCUGAACGUGGCUAUCAGAGCUGAUAAAACACAAUGAAACCAAACUGAAUAAUUAAAGGAGUUCUAUGUUGUAUACAUAAGUGCAUCUUUAGUGUCAUCUGUGUGGGAACCUUAAUGUAAAAUUCUAGGCUGCCGCUCGGAAGUUUUUAUAGGACGGACUUUACUGAUCUACAGACUGUAGACGUUAUGGAAGAAUAUUUAUGUUUUUGAAUCGUUUGCGGUAUAUGUGUGCGUUUUUCCGGCGUGCGACAAGGGAAUAAACUGAAAAUGGAGUCAGGGAGGCGGAAAGGGCUGAGCGGUGUCCUGUCUUCCUUGUCACUGGUUUGCGUCUUGUUGGACCUGCAGCUGGACGGUGUCCUGGGUGCUACGCAUGUGGAGAUCGAGCAUCACCUGGAAAUGGGUCGGAAGCUGCUGGCAGCUGGCCAGCUGGCCGAGGCCUUGUCUCACUACCACUCAGCUGUGGAGGGCGACUCGAAAAACUACCUGACGUUCUACAAGAGAGCGGCGGUGUUCCUAGCCAUGGGGAAGUCCAAAUCGGCCCUGCCGGACCUCACACGUGCCAUUCAGCUCAAACCAGACUUCCUGGCUGCUCGGCUUCAGAGAGGAAACAUCCUGCUGAAGCAGGGUAACACUGAGGAAGCCCGGGCGGACUUCCAGGCUGUGCUGCAGGGCUCUCAGGAUCACGCGGAGGCUCAUGAUCAGCUCCUGAGAGCGGAGGAGCUAGAGGAGCUGCAGAAGGAGGCGCAGAGCACACACCUGCAAGGAGACUAUUCUGCUAUGGUCAACGUGCUGGACCGGAUCAUUGAGAUCUCCCCAUGGGAUCCAGAUUUCCGUGAGCUUCGGGCAGAGUGCUACAUCCGACUGGGGGAGCCCCGCAAAGCCAUCCAGGACCUGACGCCCACCACCCGUCUGCGCAACGACAACCGGGCUGCGUUUCUGCAGCUGAGCAAGCUGCACUACAGCCUGGGUGAACACCAGGAGGCACUCAGCCACGUGCGUGAAUGUCUGAAGCUCGACCAGGACGAUAAGGAAUGUUUCUCACAUUACAAGCAAGUAAAGAAAGUUAGUAAACAGCUGGAUUCCGCAGAAGAGCUCAUCUCCGAGCAGAGGUACCAGGAGGCGAUGGAGAAGUACGAGUCGGUGAUGAAGACUGAGCCCGGAGUCCCCUUCUACACCAACACAGCCAGGGAAAGGAUCUGUCACUGUUUAGUCAAGAACCACAGGAGCUAUGAGGCGGUGGAUUUAUGUUCUGAGGCCCACCAGAGGGACCCCAGGAAUGCGAACAUUCUCAGGGAUAGGGCAGAGGCCUACAUCCAGAACCAGGAUUAUGAGAAAGCCGUGGAGGACUACCAGGAGGCCAAAGAGUUCGACGAUAAGCAGGAGAUCCGUGAAGGGCUGGACCGCGCACAGAAGCUACUCAAGCUGUCACUGAAGAGAGACUACUACAAGAUAUUGGGGGUGCCCAGGAAUGCCAACAAGCAGGAAAUCAUCAAAGCGUACAGGAAGUUAGCUCAGCAGUGGCAUCCUGACAACUUCCAGUCCGAGGCUGAGAAAAAGGAUGCUGAGAAGAAAUUCAUCGAUAUUGCUUCUGCUAAAGAGGUGCUCACUAACCCAGAGAUGCGGCAGAAGUUCGACGCGGGGGAAGACCCACUAGACCCCGAGAAUCAGCAGGGUGGGGGCGGCGGGGGGAGCCACGGCUGGCCUUUUGACUUCAACCCCUUUGGAUCUGGGAAUUUCUAUUUCAAAUUCCAGCACAACUAGUUCAAAGGAUCGAGGACGGUGCCUGCAGCCCCUUUGAAGGGAGGAGUCGGAGAAAAUGAAGUGGAUCUUUUUGUUUUUUUAAAUGUUUUUCACCCCUGAUUUAUAUGGGGACUGGUGUUCGGGGAAGCUGGCCCACUGGACUACAAUUUGGGCACUGAGUGCUGCCAUCGCCAUCCUCCGCCCUGUUAGGCUCGUGCAUCAAGGCUAAACCAGUGACCCUCUGAGGUUCUCAACGAAUCAGGUUUAGCUGCGGAGAAGGACCGGGCUAAUUGUGCCUGUGUAUUAAGACACCAGCCCCUGCCGUUUAGUUUGGGAUGUUUUGUUAUGUUUUCUUUCUUUCUUUUGUGCCAUCGUAACCUCCAGCGAGCGACGGUUCUCUUGUGGUCGUUUCUUUGCACUUUGGUCUCCCCACGGUCCCCUCGUUUCAGACACCCUGGAGUUUACACUCCGCAGUCGGAAAUGUAAAGCGUACUAAAGAAUAAGCUGUAGAUUCUUCGAAUUGCAUUCUUGUAAAGGUGUCUAAGAUCCGUUGUCACGGAGACAGCGGAACGCUGUGACCAGCCCCAGUGCAAGCGUCCGGCCCGCGGCGGUCUCAGGUGGGGGACUGAGAAACCUGAGCAGCUCUCAGGGCUGGGGAGGGAAAAGGCCGGACGUGGGAUUAAUAGGAGCGUUAUCUGAGCGCUCAAGCACGUCUCGUACUGUACAGCGUGGAACGGGGCUUUGCUCACCAGGAAUCGAAUGCAUUUUUGAAAGGAGAUGGAUUUUUCUUUCGUUUAACUUGAAGGCAUGUCAUUCAGAAAUUGCACUUAUUUUAUUUUUGGCUGCGUUUACGGUUUUUUAAAUUUUAUUUGGAACCACUGCACUCUAUGGGUCACAGGUAUCCUCCUCCAUCCUGUUUCUAAAAGGGCCACGUUGUAUUGCUGACCAAAGUAGUAUUUGUCAUCACUGUAAUGCAAACACUGUAUACUACAAAUAAUUUGAUUUUUCUUUACGUGUUAAAAAGGUCAAAUACAUUGAACUUUAACUAGCACAUUGUUUCAUUUCCUGGCUGAAAUUCUCCCCUUUUCUGUUCUUUGACACACACGUUUUUCAGGGCAAUAUCAGGGUUUACGACAUGCCAUACAUUCUGUCCUCCUUCGAGCCUUAGCUCACACGAGUUCGAAAAUAAAAACUAUAGAUCUUCCUGUGGGUUAGUACAAAAAAAUGGUUUAAUAGUUUUUAUCAAGUUUAAAUGGAAAUACAUGAGUGUGCUCCAGAUAAAAGAAUUAAAAACAGCUUUAAAACAAA